AUGGGUAUAGGGUUUAGGGGUUUCACUAAAAUUGGUUUUGCUUUAACUCUGUUUGCUAACUUAAGGGCUUGCAUAUUGGAUAUGGAUAAGUUCUCUUUGUUUUUCAUAUUCUCUUGUGAUUAUUUGGAAUUUCAGUUUGGGGAUGAAUAUUCAAUGUCUAAACAAAGGGCAAGGAACCAUAUGUGGUGUAAUAUGAGUUCUUUAAAAGUUUGCUGUUUUGUGCUUGAUCAUUGUAUGCUUAAAACAAAGCGGGAAAUGAGUGAAGAUGGGAACAUGCCACCAGCAGGUGUGGUUUAG